GCCAGAACCUCCAGCUUCUUCUCCAGGAGCAAGUUUUUGAAGCCGCUCUUCUGCUGCACCUCCUGAAUGGCCUGCGUGAACUUCUGGUACAGUUCAUCCCUCUCUGCCUGGACCUGUUUAGUUUCCCUCGUCCCGGCUCAUUUACUAUGCUGUGCUCACUGUGAGCAAAGGCACCGUGAUCAGCAGAGCGAUCGUCCUCCCUCUCUCCCUGUCUUGCGGCUCACGGUGGCAGCGUCCCCGGAACUGCCGUGCUCGUGUGGGGAUGCGUCGCCGGUGAGGAUCGCUGGUGGGGGGCAAAAAGGGGUGUCGCUGGUGUCUGAUGCCGUGGAGAGUGGAGCCGGCGCGUCUCUCUCUCCCCCGCUGUAUAUCUCGCUCCCUCUCUCUUUAUGCAUGCUGCCUUAGACAGCCUUGCACACUCCCCCUGACUGGAUGGAGGCACAAGGAGGGGCAAGUACCCCAGAGCCAAACAAAGACAUCCUGAAUCUUCUUCUGAAGCCAUCCAGUUCAGGAGACCUGGCCACAGAGCCUUCCCACAACCCAGUAGAAGAGGAGGAGGUCCCUGUGACUAACUCCGGACUGCUGCAGGUCACUGAGAGGAGACAGCCAUUGAGUAGCGUAUCCUCCCUGGAGGUGCACUUUGACCUCCUGGACCUGACCGAGCUGACGGACAUGUCCGACCAGGAGCUGGCUGAAGUCUUUGCCGACUCAGAUGAAGAGAACCACAAUGAUUCCCUGGCUGGUCACCACCACCAUCAUCACCACCACCACCAGCAGCCGCAGCAGCCCCCGCUGACCCGGGGCGGAUACACGCGAUCUCCAUCCUGGACCCGCUGCAGCCGAGGGGAGCAGCCUCGCGACAGGAAGCACCACAGCGACUCCGAAAACACGGACCCCUUCCUGAAGAUGGAGCGCCCAAAAUAGCACCCCCCCCCCUUCACAGGCGCCCAGGAACAGCACUCCCACCCGAGACCAAAUGGUGCUACAUGAACUGGUUUUGGAAGCUAUGCCCCCCGCAGCCAUGCGAGCGAGACACGCCCACACACGCACCCCUCCUGACACGUCGCACGUUUUAUUUACAUCCGGAAAAUCAGGUUAGCAAAAAGUCCGAGGAUUCAGGCCCUCUCAGGAGCACCAACUCUUGUUUCGAGCAUGCCCGCUCCCAGAGCAUGCUGGGAAAUCUACAGCGAGGUGUAAAAGCUCUGACUGGGUGGGUGGGGGGAGGUGUACAGAUCAUGGUUUAAGAUGGGGCCCCACCCAGAACAGUUAAAGCAAAGGAGGACUUUGGCUUGUUACAGGCCAGACUCCUGCAGGCUGCUGUUCCAGACAUAUUGCUGUUAAAGAGGACACGAUCAGCUGGUCCAAAAUGGCCGCCGGCCGACUGUACCGAGGGGCUGACAAAGCACUUUUCCCCUCCGUGCCUCGCGUGUGUGUGCUGAUGUGCGGGUAAACAUGCUUCCAGUGCCAAUCCUUCAUUCAUUAUUCAUUAUGUACACUGCCCGUUUGACUUUGAGUGAGGAAUGGGAGGGGGCGCGGGGGGGGGCAGGUGAAAAAGUUUUAGAUUACGUAGCAUUUCUUAGUGCCGAGUCGAAACCUUAGCCUUUCAUUGACAGAUUUCAUCAAGUAUUUUCUUACAAACAUACUGAGUUGCGUCCAGUUCCUGCAAAUGUUUAACUUUCAACAUAGAAUCAACAUAGAAACGUGGAACCAUAAAUGAAAGCGGAGCAAUACAGAGUGACUGACGGAGCUAAACGGAGGGACCGAUGUUUUUGGUUGUGUGAUACUCGACUUAGUUGGAUCAGCAGAAGUUAUAUGUGCAUUGCUGGUGAAAUAAAAUGUUGCAAAA